AUGGUACAAAACAGAAAAAAGAAUAAAAAAUGCCGCGUCCAGAAAAUCAUCCAGCUGCUCGAAAACAACGAAGAAGACGAGCAAACCCUAAUCCCGCACAUCAUCGAAAUAGAGCAAAUAUUCUUCGAAUGUUUUAACAAUGAAAAUAAAAAAAAUCGAAGUAUAAUUAACACGUACGUUAUUCCAUAUGUAAACUUACUGCUGGAACGCGUAGAUAAUGGAGACGCAAAAAUUAAUUGCCCCUUUAGGGAAAAAUUGCUAACAAGAAUAUUAACCUUUCUCUCAUCUGUCCUACGGAUUAACAAAAAUUAUGCACACUUAGUUGUGUCCUACUUUGUAAACUUAAUUGAACAAAAGUAUUAUGUUGUAAAAAUUGUUGACCAUUUAAAAAAAAUUAUCAUCCCCUUGUUGAAGGGGCUUAUAUUUUCGAAAGUCUGUUUACACGACUCUGGAGAUAAUUCUUUAUACGAUAACCAUGAAGAAAGAGAGCAAGAAAAAAAAAACGAACUGAAUAAUGUCAAACAAGGGUUCCACAAUUAUGUCAUACUGAAAAGCAAAAUUUUUAAUAUCCUAACGAACUUCCAUUUCGAUAAAGGUGUUACGGAAAACCCGUACAAAUAUGACUUAAUAAAAAACUUGAUGCUGAUUUUGACUAAGGAAAUUUUAUUUUUCUUUCAUAUUUUAAAAAAUAAAAAAAAUAUAUUUAAAGAAAUAUUAAGUGAGCAGAAGCAAGUGCACCAUGUAAUUAACCAAGUGUUCGACAUAGCAUACCUCCAGGUUGCUACAGACAAGGUUAAUAUGAAAAGUUAUGAUGAAAUUAUUAUGAUAUGGCUCGAGCAGGACAUCCGACUCUUAAAUGAUUUAAUUCUUUUUAACCUUAGUAAAAAUGGAAAUAAUACAAAUGAUCUUGCCAAAAAUGAAUUAUCUGUGCACAAAAUAAACGGGGAGUUGGGGAAAAAAACACCCCGUCAUGGUUCCAUCCCUGCUGUCGCUUCCAAUCCCCCAGUUGCAAAAAAAGGGGGGAGAAAAAAAAAAUUAAAAUCGGAGCAAAAUGUGAAAAUGGAACCCAUAAUUAAGCGCGAAAACGACGAGGAAGAGAUGGCCAUAACGGAAGAACGUAGUAGCUGGGAUGAGGAGAUACCCAAGUUGGAAAUUUUUAACAAAUUGAUAGCACAAUUUAAUGGGGGGUUUACUGGUGACGGGAAACAUGUAAACUCCGAAAGUGCGCACGAAAAUGGACACGCAGGUGUAUUCGAAAAUGUGUACGAAUGUGCUUACCAAUACGGGGGCGAAGCUGCGCAGGGAGCUUCCCCUUCUGACACCUCCCCAGGGGAUGAGGCACAGGAGGAUUACCAGCAACUCGCGAGAAAGUAUGUCAUAAGUACAGAUUGUCUUAUAAGCACUAUUGAUGAAAUCACAACGGACAACAUAAUUUUCCUCACUCAUCUGAUGAGAAAUGUGUUUUACCUAAUCCGAGAGGUCCCGUUUGUGUUCAAUUUUUUCCUUAAGAAUAUUUUCAUAAUGGUGAGUGAAUUGGUGCGCAUACAGGGAUGUGCACUGGAGGGGGAAAAGCGCAUGGAUCAGUGUGAAGAGGAAGCCUUUGCAGAGGAUGAUCAGGCUGCCGCCCCCCACGACGAAACAGGCCUAAGCAGUUAUAAGAAAAAACUGUUUAACUGCAUGGUGGAGUACAUAAAAAAUGAACUGUACUUGCUCAUAUGCAGAAGUAGUGUAAAUUUCCCCUUCUACUACGCAUAUGUUACGAGUUUACUACACAUGUUGGGGGAGGAAGGAAGCACAGAGGAAUUAAUAAAAAAAAAAAAGGCAUCCAUAAAGAGCACAAUGGUAGAUACUGAAAAGGAAAAGAAGAGCAAGGUGUACGAAAAUAAUUUCAAAUACAAUUGUGAAUAUUUAAAAACAAAUGUUUUGAGGAAGGAUUUUUAUGGGUAUAAGAAAUUAAAAAACGAGCACGUGGAUAUCAUGUCCUACUUAAAAGUAAAAAUGAACGAAAACGAAAAUGAGCAGGAAAACGUGAGCGAAAAUAACAGGGACGAUUUCCUUAAAAAAGAGGAAAGGGAAAAUAUAUUUAUAAAUCAAAUUGUCAAAAAAUUAUAUCUCACAAAUUUUAAACUGGACAAGGAAUAUUAUGAAAAGUUCGACUGCUCCAAAAGGAGCAACGUGAAGGAUUUGUUUUGCGGGACAAGGAAGAGGCCAAGCGAGGGUAUAACAGACCUUUGCGAUUUUUAUACCUACUACCCGAAUGUGUCGCACAACGGUGAGACGUCCAUCACCAAUAGGGUUGGACGCAGCACAGAGGCGUUUUAUGAGGAUAAGCGCGUUGUAGGGGAAUACCCUGAUGGAGAAAACCACAGCAAAGAUGCAGACGCAGACGAAAUUAUGCCACAUACCGCAGAAACGAACAUAAGGAUGAACGAAAAUCAGAAGAGUAUCCAUGCUCACGUUCUCCGAAGGAACUACAAAGGUAUGUAUGCAAACUUUUUAAAGAACGAUUUGAAAUAUUACAACAAUGUUAAAUCUAACGAUAGCAUCCUGGGGACUGUGGAAUUGUAUUACUUUCUCCUUUUUUCACAAAUACUUAACAACAACUUGGAAAAUAAUGUUCCAGUAUUGGGUGAAAAUAUUUUUAUCAAAAGGAUUAAUAAUUUAAAAGUUAUAAAUAACGUAGUUAAGAGAAUAAUUUUAAAUGACAUGAUGAAGGAAAAGCUGAAAUUUUAUUUCCUCAUUUUGUACUUGGUGAAGGUUAACACUGUGUGUAUAUUUAAGGGGAAGAUCCCUAGCGAUGUUUUCCUAAAUUACUCCGCCAUAUUUAAAAUUUUUAACAAUUUAUUGUUUUUUUCGUAUAUCCAAGAUGAAAAAAAAAAAAAACAAAAACAGGUAAAGGGGUGGAGAGGUAAGAACAACAGCCAAGCAGGUUCCGCACACCAAACGCAUGGCCACCAUUAUGAUCAUACAUUAGGCUACACAACCUUUUGCUACAAUUAUUUGGAUAAAUUAAAAAAGAAAAUAAAAACAAAAGGAUACGCGUACAGACAAGAACUGCAGAAGAGCAAAUUCAAAGUCAAAUGCAAAUAUGAUGAAAUCUUAAAUAUCAUGAUUUUUUUUUUACAUAAUGAUAAAUUGUUAAGCAACCAUCGAGAUCAAUAUAUUAAAACUUUUAUUGAACAAAUUUUGGAGACCCCUAAGUUGACCUUCUCCUUUUUUAUAUACCUAAUAAUCUGGCUCAACAAUAUAGAAGUGUAUAUUGAUUACACUGGGUAUAUUAAUAAUUCGAAUAGUGGCCAUAUGUCCCCUUUGGAAGGGGGUGUGAAUAAAAGAGAAAUAAUGAACCAAGGUGUGGUGACGGCGGGGUUGGAGGACACCCAUGUAAAAAGGGGAGAAAUGAUAGGAGAAGGGAAAGAUGCUAACGUGAGCCACACGAACCUUUUGAGAAGUAAAAAAAACGAAGAUGAAAAUGGCACAGUAGCAAAUGAAGGCAAAUAUUACACACCAAAUGGUGAUAACCUUUGCUCUGUAAUUGCUUCCAAUUGGGAGAAAGACAAAGGGGACCAUAACAAUGCGCUUGAUCAGAACACCUGCAGCGUGUCGUCAGAUGAAUCCGCUUCUCACUUUGAUGUUGAAUUAAGCGAAAGUGAUGACACAGAGGAUUAUGCAAAUGAAGAAAAUAAAGUGGACGCGUUCAAUGCGCAGGAGAAGGACAAGGCGGGGGACAACAGUCAAGAUGAUGAUUCACACAAAAAUUUUAAUUCACAUGAAAGUGAAAGUUUACAAGAUGGUGAUACCGGCGUAGCGGUACCGGGAGGAAACCUUGCCAACGUAUCACUCUACAGUAAAUUGUUUGGCCAGGGAGAUAACACUGGCGAAGCAAAUAUAUACAAUGAUAAUAUGUCCAGUGGGGACGAAACGCAUAAACGAAGUGGUGCGUAUAAAAUUGCCACAAGGAAGAAGGGUCAGAGGAAUAAGGAAAAAGACGACGCUUCUAUCAUCACAGGCACGGAAAACGAAGUGGACGAACCAAUGUUUAACAUCAAUUAUUACAUUAAGUACUCCCCCAAGGCGCAAAUCGCUUCGAAUUAUUACAUUUUUUGCUUUUCCUUAAUUUCCAAUUUGUUGAAGAAAAAUCAAAAUAUAAGAGCAAAGAAAACCAUUUUAGCCAUUUAUAUAAACACGCUAUUUAAAUCUAGUAACGACAUUAGAAACCUUUUAAAAAAACUCAUCACUGCAGCCAAGGGAAUUUACAACAAUGCGUUAUGUUUUUUUGUUUACACGAAAAGAGUAUACAGAUUUUAUCACCAAGUUUUUAUUUUAUUUUUACUAUACAUUUGUAAUUUGUACAUGCCCCAUUUGAGAAAUGACAUUCUUUUUUUUUCUCACUAUGCCUUUUACUUGUGGCCAAUGGAAUUAAUUAAUUUCGUGCACAAUUUUUUAAUAACCAAUUUUUCUUUUUUCUAUAAUGAUAUGUUGUGCAUAUUUGUGAAUUAUCAAAAUAUCCCAUCCUACGAAAAGCGGAUGCGGUCUUUAAAAAACUAUGAGUUUGUUAAGGAGAAAUUAAGUGAUUACGUGAAGGGUCUCGAUCGCCCCGAAAUCUUCCAAUCAGUGGAAUCGUUUCUAAAGCAGACGGACUUCUUCAACACGGGUAAGGCUGAUGGUGAGGGAAGUGCAGCACCAAGUGGUGGACUUUCCGACGGAGCGCAAGAGCCCGUGGAAGACACGGAAGAUAGCAGCAAGGAAGAGGGAGACGAGAAAAAUGCAGACGAUGGAAAACAAAAAGAGGGGUAUUACAGACACGGAGAACACACCGACAACGACUACCACUACGAGGAGGCCCAGGAGUGCCUGCAGAAAAACGAAAUCUCGCAGAAAGUCUUGCUCGAAGAAAUCUUCGUUCGGCUGUUCAUGCAAGCAGUAGAUCUACUGGAAGACAACAAAAUGAUAGCCAGAAUGAAAAAGGGAAACGUCUUCCUAAACUUUGUGAGUAUUCAUUACGUGGAUGCCUUGUGCAAUUUUGUCCUCGCGAAGGUAGCAAAAGUGUACCAGAAAAACAAAGUACAGUUUUGGGAGAACUUUUCCACACUGGUGAACGAAUCACCAGAAGAGGAUAAAAAAAAAAUGGCUGAUCAGGAGGAUAAAAGUGUAGAAUUGCGAGAAAUUUUACACUUUUUCCUCAACGCAAUUGAUAAUUUCCUAAGUAUCUGCGUCAGAUCCUCCAUAUUUUUCCACAUCUAUUUGAACACAUAUGCCAAUUGUGUAAAAAAGGAAGUGAGAACAAUUUUGUUGACCAAGUUUGUAGCCUCCCUCCCCUUGUUAAAGUCCCUUUUCCAUGAGGAGUUUUUUAGAAUUUUGAAAUAUAAUAAUAAGUGCAAUGAUCAAAAUGAGGACAAGGGAAAGGAAGCUAAUGAAAAAGUAGAGGUAGACGCAGCCGCUUCUUCCGAAGCGAAUGUCAUAAGAGACAGUGCGGAAGACGCCGAGCAGGGAAAAGACACGGAAAAGGAACAUAAAAAUGAUGCUACAACAGGGGAAGAAACGGGCACCAAUAUCCAAAACAGCUCCUUCCAAGUUAAUAUAGAAAUUAUAAAAUACAUAAGUCGAAAUUUGAGUGAAUACACAAGCGCAUCAUCUGUCCCCUCGUGGGAAAGUCGCACAAAUUUUUUUAAUUUCUGCUACAAUUUGUACUUGGAAAAUAACAACGUAUAUUUUAUUAUCGAAUUGGUUGCUUUUUUGAAAAAGGAGCAAACUGUGUAUAUAUUUAAUGAAAUAAUUAAAAAUGAUAUGGACGAAAAUACCAAAGUGGACCUCCUCAAAUCCUGCAUCAACAAAAUUGUAAAAUUGCCAUAUUUCUAUAUUGUUGAAAAGCAAAAUGAAAAUGAAAAUGAACCAUACUAUAUCACAAAUAUCGAAAUUUUUUACUUUUAUUACAACUUGAACAAGAAUAAAAAUAUACAAAAAAUUAUGCUGGACUAUUUUGUCACCAAAGUGAACUUACACAGUGUGGAUGAUCAGGAAAACAAAAUGUUCAACGAUAUUACAAUAAAAGAUUUAGCCAAUAUAAUUCAGCAGAUCGCAGAAAAUAGCAAUGCCAUAAUCCCCAUUUAUGGAAGGUUCCUGUGUCAAAUUAGCAAAAAUAUUAACAUUUUGCGCGAAUUCAUAAGUAGUAUUAUUAUUCCCCUUUUGAUACAAAAAAAAAUUUGGAACAACAAGGUUAUAUGGAAGGGCUGUUUGAUGUGCAUAUCCAUGUUGUGGCCCGAUUUCAAGCACUCCCUUUUUUACGUUUUUUUUAUGUUACCCGCGGACGAAUGCACCACGCUGUUCAACGCCCUACAGCAGAAGUACCCCCUUACCAGCGACCUCAUCGAGUUGAUCUCGUCCAACGAGCAAGCGAAGCGUAUGUGCCCGGAACACUUGAAGAAUCUGCUAAACACCUGA